AAUUAUUCAAUAUUUCUAAAAUAUGAGGCAGUUUACUUUAUUAGAGAGAAUGCCCAAACACCCCAGUGGUCAGAAAAGCUGAAGCCCCCUGCUGCCCUGUCUAGGAAAGAGGAAAGUCGAGUCGGUCAUGAUCAAACUGUUCUCACUGAAGCAGCAAGCAAAGGCUGGAACUAACCCACAAAGUACAAAAAAGACCAGUGCGGCAUACUUAAGAGUACAGAAAGAUAUUGCAGAGCUUAAUCUACCCAAGACUUGUCAGUUGGAAUUUACAGAUCCUGAUGACCUGUUAAACUUUAGGCUCAUAAUCUGUCCUGACGAGGGAUUUUAUCGGAAUGGAAAGUUUGCGUUCAGUUUUAAAGUAGGUCCAGGAUAUCCUCAUGAUGCUCCUAAAGUGAAAUGUGAGACCCAGGUGUACCAUCCAAACAUUGACUUGGAGGGCAACGUCUGUCUCAAUAUCCUAAGAGAAGACUGGAAACCCGUACUGACGAUCAACUCCAUCAUAUAUGGCCUGCAGUUUCUGUUCUUGGAACCCAACCCUGAUGACCCGUUAAACAAAGACGCAGCCGAGGUGCUUCGACAGAACAGACGCUUGUUUGAACAGAAUGUAGCCAAAUCCAUGAGAGGCGGCUACGUAGGCUCCACAUACUUUGAACGAUGUUUAAAGUGAUCUCGUAGACACCAUGUACUCUCGUUAUAUUCACAUGAUUUCUGUGUUAUACUAUUAUGAAUGUUUCAUGUAUGUAUUCUAAUUAUCAAUCAGCUCUAGAGACUUUAUUUAAUUUG